AUGACCGCCUUUGCUACUGCAGCAGUUCUCUCUUUGCCCAUUUCUCUAUGUAGAUCAUCUAAGCUCAACUGUAAAAAGGGUGUUAGAGGAGGGUUUGGGGUGUUUGCAGUAUUACGGGAGGAAGGUGGGUUUUUAGAUAAGAAGAGUACAUGGGGUCCACUCUUCGAUGUGGAGGAUCCAAGGUCUAAGAUGCCACAGUUUAAAGGGAAGUUCUUGGAUGUUUAUCAAGCACUUGAAGUGGCGAGAUAUGAUAUUCAGUACUGUGAUUGGCGAGCUCGGCAAGAUCUGCUUACUAUCAUGAUCCUUCAUGAAAAGGUCGUGGAAGUUCUAAAUCCCUUAGCUCGUGAUUACAAGUCUAUUGGCACCAUGAAGAAGGAACUUGCGGAGUUGCAAGAUGCGUUGGCCCAAGCACACAGACAGGUUCAUAUAUCUGAAGCAAGGGUUUCUACUGCUUUAGAUAAACUAGCUUACAUGGAAGAAUUGGUUAAUGAUAAGCUGUUACAAGACAGAAACCCAGUAGAGCCUGACCAAGCAUCCCCUUCUUCCAGCACUUCAACUCAAUCUCUGGAUACUGUAAAAGAGAUGCUGCCCCGGAAAAACUUGAACGUGUCAGGUCCAGUUCAACCUUACCAUCCCCGCCUUAAGAAUUUCUGGUAUCCUGUUGCUUUCUCCACUGAUCUGAAGGAUGACAUCAUGAUUCCAAUUGAUUGUUUCGAGGAAUCAUGGGUCCUCUUUCGUGGAAAAGAUGGGAAACCAGGAUGCGUUCGGGACACCUGUGCACAUCGGGCAUGUCCUCUUCACCUUGGUUCAGUGAAUGAGGGUCGAAUCCAAUGUCCUUACCAUGGUUGGGAAUACUCAACAGAUGGAAAAUGCGAGAAAAUGCCUUCCACGAGAUUACUUAACGUGAAGAUAAAAUCAUUGCCAUGUUUUGAGCAAGAAGGUAUGAUCUGGGUUUGGCCUGGUAGUGACCCUCCUGCAGCAACGCUUCCUUCAUUACAACCUCCUCCAGGUUUUCAAGUCCAUGCUGAGAUUGUGAUGGAACUUCCGGUGGAACAUGGCCUACUUCUGGAUAAUCUUUUAGAUCUUGCACAUGCUCCUUUUACUCACACAUCCACCUUUGCCAAGGGUUGGGCCGUUCCCAGCUUGGUGAAAUUUUUAACGCCUGCAUCUGGCCUCCAAGGGUAUUGGGACCCUUAUCCGAUAGAUAUGGAAUUUCAACCACCUUGCAUGGUGCUAUCAACCAUUGGGAUCUCAAAGCCUGGAAAACUAGAGGGGCAAACCACCAGGGAGUGUGCAACUCACCUUCACCAACUUCAUGUUUGCUUGCCUUCCUCAAGAAAUAAGACUAGGUUACUAUACAGAAUGUCACUGGAUUUUGCUCCCGUGCUGAAGCACGUUCCUUUCAUGCAUUACCUAUGGAGACAUUUUGCUGAACAGGUCUUGAAUGAGGAUCUACGACUUGUCCUCGGGCAGCAAGAGAGAAUGAUCAACGGUGCCAAUGUGUGGAAUUGGCCAGUAUCUUAUGAUAAACUAGGAGUAAGAUACAGAUUAUGGAGAGAUGCUGUUGACAAAGGAGCAAGGCAAUUACCCUUUGGCAAAUCAACGUGA